UCCUCCGGGGCGCAGCAGGCCGCAGCCCCGCCUUGGCCUGAGGAGACGUCGCGGCCAAGAUGGCGACGGGGAUGGGCAAACAUAAGCUCCUGACCACCGGCCCCACGGAGCCGUGGUCCAUCCGCGAGAAGUUGUGCCUGGCCUCUUCGGUCAUGAGGAGCGGAGACCAGAACUGGGUGUCCGUCAGCCGAGCCAUCAAACCCUUCGCCGAGCCCGGCCGCCCCCCGGAUUGGUUCUCCCAGAAACACUGCGCCUCCCAGUACUCGGAGCUCCUGGAGACCACCGAGACCCCCAAGCGGAAGAGGGGCGAGAAGGGCGAGGUGGUGGAGACGGUGGAAGAUGUCAUCGUGCGGAAACUGACGGCCGAGAGAGUGGAGGAGCUGAAGAAGAUGAUCAAGGAGACCCAGGAGAAGUACAGGCAACUGAAGAAAGACGCGGAACUGAUCCAGGCCGGCCACUUGGACGGGCGGUUGGACGAACUGGUCAACGAGAUUGUGAUGAAGAAGAAACUGGAGGAGGAGGAGGCCGAAGUGAGGAGGAAGGCCACGGAUGCGGCCUACCAGGCCCGCCAGGCGGUCAAGACGCCCCCUCGGAGACUGCCGAGCGUCAUGGUCCGGUCCCCCGCCGGCUCCACCUCCCCGGGAGGCGAAUGCCCGCUGGGGGAGUUGGCUGCGUCGGCCGCGGAGGACGGCAGCUCUGGGGUGACCCCCGGGACUCUUCCGAGCGCCCCGGCCGCCUCGUUUCCGGGGAUCCCCGACACCCCUCCCCUGGGCCUGGACGCCGCAGCCGCCCCGGGCGCAGACGACCCCUCUCAGAAAAAGCUGGUGGGCCCCAAGGCCACCCCGCCACCCUCCCCGCUGCUGUCCGAGCUCCUGAAGAAGGGCAGCCUCCUGCCCACCAGCCCCAGACUGGUGUCCGAGAGCGAGGCGGCCGGGCCUUCCGGCCACCUGAGUAGCCCGGGCGUCCUCCUGGAGGUCAGCGGCGGAGCCAUCCCCGGCCUCCCCGGUGGGGAGAUGCCACCCGCGCCCGGCGCCAUCCCCGCCUCUCCCGCCGCCUCCGGUGCUCCCACUCUGUCCCGGCUUCUAGAGGCCGGUCCCUCGCAGUUCAGCGUGCCCCUCGCCUCUUUCGCCUCCGCCGAGCCGCCUGCCAAGCACGGGCCGCUCCCCGGGGACCCCGGGCCCCAGGCGACCAUCGUCCUCCCGGGCCCGCCCUCCGCACCGCCUGCCACCGCGCCCGAGAGCGGCGCCCCAGCGAGCCAGCCCGAGGCCCGGCUGCCCCUCGAGUCCGUCGGGGAGCAGCACACGGUGACCGUCUCCAUGGACAGCAGCGAGAUCUCCAUGAUCAUCAACUCCAUCAAGGAGGAGUGCUUCCGGGCCGGGGCCGCCGAGCCCCCCGGCGGGUCCCAGGCCCCCGGCGUGGGCGGCCGGGAGGACCUGGUCCUGGCCCAGAAGAUGGACAUAGCGGUCUCCUACACCGGCGAGGAGCUGGACUUUGAGACCGUCGGGGACAUCAUCGCCAUCAUCGAGGACAAGGUGGACGACCAUCCGGAGGUGCUGGACGUGGCGGCCGUGGAGGCGGCCCUGUCCUUCUGCGAGGAGAACGACGACCCCCAGUCGCUGUCGGGCCCGUGGGAGCACUCCAUCCAGCCCGAGCGCCCCGUCCCGCCCGGGGACGGCCCGCUCACCAUCAAGCAGGAGAGGCUGGACUCGGAGGAGCCGGAGGGCAAGGCCGGGCGGGCCCCGCCGGCCCCCGGCCUCCAAAUCAAGGCGGAGCCGGCCGAGCCCGCGCAGGACCGCCUCGGCCCCGACGGGGCGGCCGGGCCGGAGCCCCUGGACCUCGGGCCCCGAGACCUGGGAGGGGAGGCCGGCCUCGGCCUCGGCCACGGCCCCCACGCCGACGUCCUCCGGGGGAAGGGCGACGACGCGCCGCGCCUCACCGUAAAGACCGAGGCCUCCCCCGAGGGCGACCUGUCCCCACCGCCCGGCCCCCACCCCGGCGAAGACCCGACGGAGCCCGAGCCUCGGCACAAGUUCGAGCUGGCAGGUCCGUUGAAAGAAGAAUCGGGGACGAUGUUUGGAAGCCAGAUAAAGGAAGCCCCCGACGAGGACGAGGACGGGGCCAGCGAGGUGGCCAGCCUGGAGGAGCCCAAGGAGGAAGACCCGGGAGAGGGCUACUUGUCCGAGAUGGACAACGAGCCGCCCGUGAGCGAGAGCGAGGACGGCUUCAGCGUCCACAACGCGGCCCUGCAGUCGCACGCCCUGGCCGACUCCAUCCCCAGCAGCCCCGCCUCCUCCCAGUUCUCCGUCUGUAGCGAGGACCAGGAGGCCAUUCAGGCGCAGAAGAUCUGGAAGAAAGCCAUCAUGUUGGUGUGGAGGGCAGCGGCCAACCACAGGUACGCCAACGUCUUCCUGCAGCCCGUCACGGACGACAUAGCUCCCGGCUACCACAGCAUCGUGCAGAGGCCGAUGGACCUGUCGACGAUCAAAAAGAACAUCGAGAACGGGCUGAUCCGGACCACCGCCGAGUUCCAGCGGGACAUCAUGCUCAUGUUCCAGAACGCCGUCAUGUACAACAGCUCCGACCACGACGUCUAUCACAUGGCCGUGGAGAUGCAGCGCGACGUCCUGGAGCAGAUUCAGCAAUUCCUGGCCACGCAGCUGAUCAUGCAGACGUCCGAGUCCGGCAUCAGCGCCAAGAGCCUGCGAGGGAGGGAUUCCACCCGCAAACAGGACGCUUCGGAGAAGGACAGUGUCCCCAUGGGCUCUCCUGCCUUCCUUCUCUCUCUCUUUGACGGGGGCACCAGAGGUCGGCGCUGCGCCAUUGAGGCGGACAUGAAGAUGAAGAAGUGAGGCCUCCCCGCCCCCCGAGACCCGAAGACCCCCGGCCCCGGGGUCCCCCGGGCGGGCCGGCAGAGAGGCGAGGCCGCCCGGCUGCCCGUUUUAGGGCAGAAGCGGCCGGCGGCGGGCCCGGCGCGGGAGGCCCCGCGGGAUUUUUUAACCUGUAAAAAGCACCCACGCGGAAACAAUAAAUUCCGGAAGGAAAACGCCGUCUCCCCACGUCCUCAUUCCCUGUCUCGGGAGCCACCAGGCCGGAGAAAAAGCCGGCUCCCCGCCAAGUCGCCGACUCCGGCUCAGGAUGGAGUCAGGGAGUGGCCACCCCUCGUCGGUCACUCCGAUCGCCCGGCUGGGAAAUACCUCUGUGCCCACCACGCCCAUCAGAAUGGAAGCUCCCAGAGGGCAGGGAUCGGCUCUCCUCCGGGCGUCCUCUUCCCAAGCGAUGGGGACCACAAACCACAGAUAACGUCGCCUCUUCAGCUGGGCCACAUCGGGCAGGAGGGCAGAGGCGGAGACCCGCCGGCGGCCAAACACCGGGGUUGCCCGGAGUUGUCCCAUCGCGGGCCGAUUGCCGGGCAAGGCCGGUCAUUUGUUUUCUCAACCUCGGUCUUCGGUGCCUUCUUUUCCUUGCCUUUCCGUGUGUCUAGAGGAGCCCAGUCUCCCCUCUCUGGUCUGGUCAGCCGCCUCGUGUGUGUCUUUAGUGGCUUGUGGAUGGUUCCGUGGUUCGAAGAUCGGACCACUCGCUUUGUAAAAAAAACAGAACAGUUACUUGCUGAUGUCGGUUCUGAUCUUGGCUCCUUGUCCUUGAUGCCCGUUCGCCGUCGGGUUAAGGACGCGUUCUCGGUGGUGGUUGCGACGGUUUCAGUGUCUGUAUUGAUGUCAAUCAACCUCUCCUCCGACCUCCCCCUCUCGCAUCUUCCCUUCUUAUUUCUGUGCCUCCUCGCCACUUCCGUUGCACUUUCUGGAGUGGUUUUUACCAUCCCCGACUUCUCCGUCCAUUUCACCCCUCUCUGGAAAUGAGUUGAUGUCUCAGACCGUUAGCUCCCCGAAGGCAGCGGUCGUGCCCUCUCACUCCAAGCGCCCCGUACGCCGCCGGGUCCGUAGUCGUCGCUCAAUAAAAGCCGUUGACUGAU